AUAAAUUAUAUUAUUAACGUAAAAACAAUGUCGGUUGAAAUCCUGAAACAAGGCGCUGAAGGGCGUCUUUAUUUGGGCGAAUUCAAGGGCGAGCCCUGCCUCAUCAAGGAGCGUUUCGUCAAGAAGUACCGGCAUCCAGAUCUGGACACACAAAUCACACGGCAAAGAAUAAAAGCCGAAGCAAAGGCGGCCAAUCGAUGUCAGGCUGCCGGCAUCCUGGCACCACGCAUCCUGCACACAGACCUAAACACGCACAAACUGUAUAUGGAGUACUUUGGCAGUGCCAAGACAGCCAAGCAGUUUAUUCAGGAAACGGUUACGGAAUCGGCAGAACCCGAAGCUGUGAAGCAGCAACUGCAGAUACUCUGCACUCGUGUUGGCGGCAUUAUUGGCAAAAUGCAUGCCAAUAACAUAAUACACGGCGACUUAACCACAUCGAAUAUACUCAUCAAUCCCACAGCUGAGGAUUACGAUGUAAUCUUCAUAGACUUUGGGCUCAGCCAUUAUAGCCAGGCUACUGAAGACAAGGGCGUGGAUCUGUACGUCUUGGAGCGGGCACUGCUAAGCACUCAUAGCGAGCAACCUUAUCUUUUUGACCUCAUGCUGGCCGCCUAUCGAAAGGAGUGUGGCAAGGAUGAAGACGCAGUGCUGGCCAAGUUUGAAGAGGUGCGUGCCCGCGGCCGAAAGCGUACAAUGAUUGGUUAACAAAUGGUAUUCGUAUUAAACUUUAAUGACCUAAAAAAUUAACAACACAA